CGAUUUGGCAACACUGCAGUUAUUUGAGGAUAUUUUACAAGAUGAAGCACAAAGCGAAGAAUUUGCAAUUUCUGCCUUUAUUGGAAUUAAAUUAGAAAUUAGAAAAAUAACAAAGAUUACAAUAUGAAUAGACAAAUUUUGGGAAAUAAAGGAAGAAAUCAUGCAGUGGCUCAAGUUCCAGCAACUCUUGUGGAAGAAGCUAUUGAAGGCUUAACAAAAGGAGUGACUGCCACAGCAGCAUUACCAAGUACUAUCACAGAUCUUGCAAGUUUAUUUGAAUGUCCAGUGUGUUUCGAUUAUGUCCUCCCUCCAAUUCUUCAGUGUCAAAAUGGACAUUUAGUUUGUUCUGUUUGUCGUCAAAAAUUGACUUGUUGUCCAACAUGUAGAGGAUCAAUUGGAAAUAUAAGAAAUUUGGCAAUGGAGAAAGUAGCAAGUACGGUCAUGUUCCCAUGUAAAUAUUCUGGUUCUGGAUGUAGAGCUCAAUUAGUACAUACUGAAAAACCAGAACACGAGGAAGCUUGUGAAUUUAGGCCUUAUAACUGCCCUUGUCCUGGGGCGUCUUGUAAAUGGCAAGGGAAUUUGGAACAGGUUAUGCCUCAUCUAAUGCAAUCUCAUAAAUCAAUCACUACACUACAAGGUGAAGAUAUUGUAUUCUUGGCAACAGAUAUCAAUUUACCAGGUGCAGUUGACUGGGUUAUGAUGCAGUCAUGUUUUGGUCACCAUUUUAUGUUAGUUCUUGAGAAACAAGAAAAGUAUGAUGGACAUCAACAGUUUUUUGCUAUUGUACAACUUAUUGGAUCUCGAAAACAGGCUGAAAAUUUUAUGUAUCGGUUAGAGCUUAAUGGUCAUCAUAGAAGAUUGACCUGGGAAGCAACACCACGAAGUAUUCACGAGGGCGUUCAAUCUGCCAUUAUAAAUAGUGACUGUCUAAUUUUUGAUACAGGUAUUGCUCAGUUAUUUGCUGACAAUGGAAAUUUGGGCAUAAAUGUUACCAUUACCCUUUGUUGAUUACCAUUUAUCUUAUAUUUAUGACAAAGCAAAAGGAUUUUAAAAAAUAGCAUCACUGCCCUAGUAAGUAAAUCACUGCCAUAUUUAGAGAAUUUACAAUUGUUAGUUAUUUUUUAGCUUUUGUUAGAGUAUUUUACUUGACUAAACUUUUGAAGUAUUCAAGGCUAAAACUAAAACUUGCAGCAGGGCACAAAAUUAUUUCUGUUGACGAUUUUAAGUGGCACAUUUCUAAAAUACACUUCUGUCAAAUUGAGUACCACAGUUUUAUAUAACUAUAUACAUAUAGUAUAAUAAUAAAUGAGAAAAAUGCUUUGUUAAUUAUAGUCUCAUACUAAAAAUUAUAUACAUGUUUGUUGUUUAAUACAGAAAUACAUAUAUUGUCCUUAUUACAUUGUUUUAUAUACAUAUAUAUAUAUAUAAUUAUUGCUUUCAAUAAUACAAAACAUUUGAUAUUUACAGUGUUAAUUUAUUGUCAGAUAAAAAGAUAUUUAAAGGGUAACUGUGAUAGAUGCACUAAGAGAUGUGGAAGUAAACAUUCUAAUAUAUUUUGUACAGUAAACAAAAUGUUUAUAAUUUAGUGAAAUAUACUGUAUAUAAUGUAUUAUCAUUUAUUAUUAUGAUUAUAAGAAAUAAAGUAGAAAUAGGAA